GAAAAAUUGCACAUGCGCAGAACCAGACAAAAUGGACAGUGUUCUAGAAGCAUGGCAAACACUCUAUAGCCUGAAGCUUAGGGAGAUGGUUCCCUGUCCACCUGGAGAAGCCCCAGCACUCAUCUGCAGCAACAAUACAAGGAAUGGUGAGCUACUGUUCCCCAAAGAGAUUGCAAAAUCUUUCCUGAGAGCUACUGAACAGAAGGAAGGGGCAGUGGUGGCGUUGAAUAAAAGCCUGGAUGGGUGUGGUUAUCCUGAACAUUUCUUCUCGGAAUUCACCCUCAACCAAAAGCAACAUUUAUUUAUCCGACUCAACCGUUCGUUUGUUUUCAAGACAAUGAUUUGCCAAGUUAUAAGCAGUAAAGACAACAACGUGCAAUCAGAUGAAAGCCACUGUAUCACUUUAGUACCUCAUGUGCUUUGUAAUGGUGCGGAUAUAACACACAUUAGUGUUAGUGAAUCAAGAUCACUGUUGACAGUUGGGUUGCUACGGAAUGUUUUGAAAUCGAUAGGAAAAUCAGUCGAUGUUUAUCUUUCAGACCUUCCAUUCUCUCAACUACCCAGCUCUGUAAGAAAUUUGUUCAGUUCAUUCUUUUCCACAAAACAAAAGAGAGGGGUCCACCGUGAUAUCACAGCAGCUGACUUUAUCACUUCACUUCAACCCCUCACUGACCCUCCAAUCCCUCACCCUUUCACUAACCCUACCUCCACUGUUCACAGCAUUCUACAAAUUGAUGUCAAAAGUUUUGCCAUUGAUCAGAAACUCAUAGGGAAAGGUGGCUAUGAGAAGAAUUUAAACAGUGUACAAGUGACUACUGUGUCAGGGCAGCUAACACCAGCGGCUUCACUAGCACAUGACAUAUGUACCCGCUGUUCCAAGGAUCACAUGAUCAUUCAUGUUGCCCAGCAACAGCGGAGCUACCAGGCACAGCAGGCCAUGGUACUAGUGGACAUAUUCAACUCAAAAUCUAAGUCCUCCAUGCAACAGCAGCAUAUUGCUCUAACAUCUGCUGUGGAUGUUUUGAAUUGUCCUGGAUCAACAGUCAACUACUCACUCUCAGAGCUAUUAAGAAUCAGACAAGAGCAAAUGACAAGUGCUUUCACUGUCAAAUACAGUGACACACUGAAAGGUGACCAGCUGCAACUAUUAGUGAAUCGUAUGACCGAGGCUGUCAUCAAGUUUGAGUUGCUUUCUCAAGACCCGACCACAUAUGUGAAGAUUGAUGCUCCUGAAGUGUCCGUCAGCUGUGAUGAUGACGUGAGGUUUGAUGGAGCGUUUGUGCUGUAUAACUACGCUCGUGUGGCUGCUCUUCUCAACCGCCAUAGACUAGCCUCUCAACAUGGUGUGUAUCCUCUCCUACCAAGUGUGGAGACAGUGGACUUCUCUCUCCUCAAAGAAGAGGAGGAGUGGCAAUUGCUGUUUCACUAUGUGCUACAGUAUCCACUACUCUUGAAGGAGGCAGCAAAGAUAGCAAAGAAGGGAGUCGGCGUACACAUUACUCUUGGUCUGAAGAAGAUCUGCCAGUUUCUGACAAGAUUCAGCCAUGCGUUUAGCUCUUACUACAGUAGGACUAAGGUCUUAAUGCCCCCAGAGCCCCACCUGCUGCCACUGAUUCAUGCCAGGCUGUAUCUACUGAUGGCUAUCAAGCAAGUACUUCACAAUGGACUCGCACUGUUAGCAAUCGAACCAUUCGAACAAAUGUAAUCAGAAAUGUGUGUAUUUUAUGACAUAAUUAUGCUUUUUACAGCAAAACAACAUGUUUUAAACAAAUAUUUUUAUGAUGUUAUGAAAACUG